AUGAGUGAAAAUUAGAAAAAUAAACGAUACAUAGAAUUUAAUGAAAGUUAUAGAGAUGAUCAAUAGCAUAAUACAAACGAUUUGAAUUAGUAAUAGCAAAUAGAAGAAGAAAAGGAAAGAUAACUAGAAAUAAUACAUAAGAUUGAGGAGUCUCCUUCAUCUAGUGAAAUACAUUAGUAAGACAAUUUCACUGAGUUUGUCAAAAGAGAAGAAUUUCCAAAAAAGGCAGCAUUGAUGUCUGUAUUCCUCCUUCUACUAGGAGGGUCACUAAUUACGCUUGGCUUUUUGCCAUUAAUAAGAGAGUGGGAUCCAACAAAAGGUCUGAUGUUUUGGUUAUUCGGGUCUCUCUUAUUUGUGUCAGGUCUUUACUAUGUUGUCACAUUUUUUAAGGCUUAUAAAGCGCAUGAUGACCAAGAACGUUUGAGUAUACUAAGAGAAAUCCCUGAAAUAUGA